AUGAGGCUGCUGGCCCUGGGCAUCCAGGAAAGGCCCCACCCCUGCCCCAAGUCCACUACAGGAAGGGGUAAGGAAAGCGGCCACAGCCUGGCACCCUGCCCUCUCUCUGGGCCUCAGUUUCCUCUUUUGUUAGAAGUCUCCUUGCCCUCUGAAAUGCCAUCAGCCUUCAAAGCAGGAGGGGCCUGCGUGCUUCCUACCCUCCACCAUGGCGACGCCUCCUCCUUCUGCUCAGGGGGUUCUCAGCCCGCCCCUCCCCAUCCUCAGUGGGAGCUUGGCCCUCCCUGCUCAAGGGACACAGGAGACACAUCUCAGAUCCAUGGACAUGACCUCUGGGAGACCCAAGAGCACUGGACUAGGAGCCUGGACAUCACAGUCUCAGUCCUAGCUCCGUCUCAACUUGCUGUGUGCCCUCGGCGGAGUCACAUUCCUUCUCUGGUUCCUGGAAAACUGUGGUGCUUGGAUAGGAAUGUGCCUAUCCUUCUGGCUCUGGCUGUGUGCACUCUACCCCUCAACCUGCCAGCAAUGACACCUCUCAGACUGCUUCCUGUCCGUGGAAGGACAGGAUUGUGCCGGGUCUCCCAAGGAGCUUCUGGCUGGAGAUGUCUACACCUGUUUACUGAGCUGGAAGGGGCUCUGGACUGA